AUGAACCGCCUCACCCGCGUAGUGGCCGAGGGGAGCGGGCUGAAGGAGGGAGACUGGCGCUCCCUGCUGCAGCCAUCAGAACCGUUGGAACCGCUCGAGCCAUUCUGCUGCAUGCACGCGGCGGGCCAGCUCUCGGCGCGAGAGGAUGACAGUACGAGCCACAGCGCGCGGACGUCGGGACGACCAACAACAAUAACAACAACGCAGGGUGUCGGACGGAGGGUGUGGCUGGAGCAGCGGCCGGGGCUCAGCCCACCUCCCAGCGGGACAACAGCGAGAGCCGGGACGGUCCACCUCCACACACGAGAGCGCGCGCACCGUAUUUCCACCGAGGGCAGACGAAGCAAACUGCGCUGGCUGAAAUGCGCCGCUCUGAAAUGGCACUCCACGCCAGCGUACAUGAUCAGUGAAGGCAGCACACCUCUGCGAGCCGUGAGGUCUUCGGUCAUACCUCGAUCCAGAACUGAGCCUAAAAGCCUGAAGGUUAAGGUGAACUUCGAUGUGCAGGCAGCGUUUCUGACCGUCGUGUCAGCGGCGUCCCUGAGUCUGCUCUCACUUCUCUGUCUGCGAUGCAGAAGGAAAACCAAGAUCAUCCAGGAGGAGAAUGUCAUUUACGACCCACAGACAUUCGAGACUAUUCAGGAAUCUUCAUUUACAGAAGUUCACAGCAUCAGCUCCACUCCAGAACACGACUACGUCUCCAGGCUGGCGCCGCCUCCCGUGCUGACGUGGCUGACUUUGUCCUCCGUGUUCCACUUGGCGCAGCAGGUGGCCGUGUCGCCCCCACCUGGACAGCAGGGGCACCAACGGCGACCGUGGGUCAGCGUGCUGACCGGUCUGCUUCUGCUGGACCUCCUUACCGAUGAUUGUGAUGCAGCCCGCCUUGGUCACCUCCACCACCUUGUCCAUGAGAUUCUUGGUUCCUUUGGCGAAGUUAUCCCACUCGAAGACGCCCACGGGGCCGUUCCACACGAUCUGCUUGGCCCUGCCCACAGCCUCGGCGUAGGCCUUGGAGCUCUCCGGUCCACAGUCCAGACCCUGUGGGGACAUCACCCCGUCACACGUGCACCAGCCUACGUGCGCACGCCUGCGUGCACCAGCCUGAGCGGGCCGCUCACCAUCCAGCCGGCGGGGAUGCCGGCGGCCACCGUGGCGAUCCCGGUGGCGGCCUUCUCGUCAAACUUGUCCGCCGUCACGAAGUCGACGGGCAGAGUGAUCUUGACGCCGUUCUUCUCCGCCUUGGCCAUCAAGUCCUUGACGAUGCCGGCGCCCUCCUCAUCGUACAGAGAAGUGCCGAUCUGCAAAAUAUCAUCGAACAAAAAAAAACGUCAGACGCUUUAUUCAGGAAGGACCAAACUAACCAAUCAGAAUUCAGCUUUAAGAGGCUGGGUCGCUUUGGGAUAG